GCCUCAGUAGGGGAAAUGCGGGCUAAAGACAGAGGCCGGACCCUAUCUGACCAGGGCUUGGGGACCGCCCCUGGUCUCCCGCGGAGGCGCUGCGACUCCGGGCCGCGGGGCGGCGCUGUGGGGCCGGGGACGAGCGCAGAGGGGGCGCGCGCCCGCCACGCCGGAAGUGGCGGCGAGUCCGCGCGGAUGGCGGCGACGGCGGCAGCGAUGACGGCGGCGGGCUGCGGAGGGGCUGGGGCAGCACGCUCUCUCUCCCGCUUCCGAGGCUGCCUGGCGGGCGCGCUGCUCGGGGACUGCGUGGGCGCCGUCUACGAGGCGCGCGACACCGUCGACCUGACGUCAGUCCUGCGUCAGGUCCAGGAUUUGGAGCCGGACCCCGGCUCGCCCGGGAGCGCGCGGACAGAAGCACUGUGCUACACGGACGACACAGCCAUGGCCAGGGCGCUGGUGCAGUCCCUGCUGGCCAAGGAGGCCUUCGACGAGGUGGACAUGGCUCACAGGUUUGCUCAGGAGUACAAGAAGGACCCUGACCGGGGUUACGGUGCUGGAGUGAUUACUGUCUUCAGGAAACUCCUAAGCCCCAGAUGCCGGGAUGUCUUUGAGCCUGCGCGCGCCCAGUUUAAUGGCAAAGGCUCCUACGGCAACGGGGGUGCCAUGCGGGUGGCCGGCAUCUCCCUGGCCUAUAGCAGCGUCCAGGAUGUGCAGAAGUUUGCCCGGCUCUCGGCCCAGCUGACACACGCCUCCUCCCUGGGUUACAAUGGUGCCAUCCUGCAGGCCCUGGCUGUGCACCUGGCCUUGCAGGGCGAGUCGUCCACUGAGCACUUCCUCGAGCAGCUCCUUGGCCACAUGGAAGAGCUGGAGAGUGAUGCCCAGUCCGUGCUGGAUGCCAGGGAGUUGGGCAUGGAGGAGCGUCCGUACUCCAGCCGACUGAAGAAGAUCGGGGAGCUUCUAGAGCAAGACUCAGUGACCAGAGAGGAGGUGGUGUCCGAGCUAGGAAAUGGCAUUGCUGCCUUUGAAUCUGUGCCCACCGCGAUCUAUUGCUUCCUGCGCUGCAUGGAGCCCGACCCCGAGAUCCCCUCUGCCUUCAACAGCCUCCAAAGGACUCUCGUCUAUUCCAUCUCGCUCGGUGGGGACACGGACACCAUUGCCACCAUGGCCGGGGCCAUCGCUGGCGCCUACUAUGGGAUGGAACAGGUGCCAGAGAGCUGGCAGCAAAGCUGUGAAGGCUAUGAGGAGACUGACGUCCUGGCCCAGAGCCUGCACCGGGUCUUCCAGAAGAGUCUCUGAGGGCCUCAGCUGCUAAGGGCCUGCCAUACGCAGCAGGACCAGCUACAACUCACAUUGGAAACCCUGGGCAUCCUCAGGCUCGGCUCCCUGCUUUGGUCUUCCUGCCGCGUGGGCAGAGUGCACCUUGGGGCCAGCGUCUAGUCUGGGGAGGAAUGGGUGCCUUCUGGUGCUGGGUUCCUGCCUUCUGCAGAGCCUUGGUGCUCCUGGCUCCUCAGUCAGACAUGAGGGACCAGGGCAGGUUUUAUUUUGGAGCAGUAUUUGUGGCGUUUUCCUUGAUUAUCUAGGACAUGGGAUUUGGGGAGGUGGAAAUGGUCUGCAGCAUCAUUUCUCCUUGUUGGGAUUUAGCCAGUUUGCCUGAAGCCUGUCUUUGGGCCCUGAGUGCUCAGUUUAUGUGGAUCAGGAGGUGGGCACGUGGAUCUGGCCAGUCGAGAUGCACACCUGGCCCUUGGCUGUCGUGGGUCUUGUGAACAGCUUCCAGAGAAAAUCGCAGAGCAAUAAACAGUUUUUGGUAAGUCCCA